CUGCCAAUAGGUUUGAAUUAUUUCUGGCUUUGAAUUUAUGCCAUGAUUUUUCCUGUAUUUUAACCAAUUCUUCCUGUUUAGAUCUAAUCCAGUCCAGGAGUCCAAGUCUAUUUACAAGACUCGUUACCAAGAGCCAAGGAGAACAAAUUCGUUAAAACUAUUCUAAUAACAUGGCAAAUUCCGGCAAAGGAACUUUUCAACCUGAUUCAGAUGUGCACAUUUCUUACGAAGAUCAGCAAAAAAUUAAUAAAUUUGCUAGAUUGAAUGCCAAAGUAGAUGAUAUUAAGGACGAAUUGAAGGUAAAACAAAAUGAUAUGAAGAACUUGGAGGAAGCUGUAGAGGAAUUAAGUCUUGCUGAUGAUUCAGAACUGAUACCAUAUCUAAUUGGCGAAGUAUUUAUUUGCCAAAGUCUAGAGGAUACAUUGAAAUCUUUAGAAGAUGCAAAAUGUAAAAAGGAGCGUGAAAUAAGUGAACUAAAAGUGAAAUGUGAUGAACUGAAAUCUCAAAUGGGUGAAUUAAAAGCACAUUUAUAUGGAAAAUUUGGAAGUCACAUUAAUUUAGAAAAUGAAGAAGAAUAAAACACUACAACAAGGAUUAUUAUAUUUUAUUAAAUUGAAAUUGAGCAAAUAAAAUAUAUUAAUGUUGUAGCUAGCUUUAUAUAAUUUAACUAUUUAAUUCUAUAUCCACUGAAAUCAUAAAGCUAUUAUACUACAAAUGUUACCUUUGUAAUGCUUGUUUAAAAGAGACAGUAUGUUUCAAAUAUGAAAUAAAUUUGAAUUCCAAAAGUUUUUUACAGUAAUAAAAUAAAUAAACCUUAGAACCAGGCAGACUGGAUUCAGUGAUAUCUUACUAGUUGAGUAAGGUCUCGAUACCGGGAGAGCAAUCAUCUAACUCUCUAGCUUUAAUUCUAGCCAUAGGAUAUAACAUCUUAGACGUGUUAUGACAAUACUUCAUUUAAUUUUACCACUUUGAUAUGUCUUUGGUGAAUAAAUUUGGAAUAAUAACCUAAUUGGAAACCUUGCUGUCCUUGAAAAUCCAUAUUCAUCAUGCUUUAUAGUUUAUUUGUUAUUACUAAAGUACAUAUCAAAAUAGUAAAAUGAAAUGAAAUAUUGUCAUAAUGUUGUUAAGAUGUCAUAUCCUGUAGCUAGAGACUUAUCCGUUAGGCAGUCGCACGCCUGACUUGUAUACUCUAGUAUAAAAGCUAAUACAUUUUGUAUAAAUGUCAAAGUGGCUACUAACACAUGCUUUUAAAAUCAAACAUAAUUAUUUUCUCAUUUCAUGAUAGUAAAAGUUUGUCUUUGCUUCAUGUAUUGUGUUAUAUUUACAUUUCUAAUAAUCAUAUAUCCUCAAAAAUAAAUUAUUUUUGCCCAUAAAUGUCCUUAUAAGAAAUUUAAAAACAAUUUACCUUUAAUGUACAAUUGUACAUACAUCUUGUUAACUUAAGUCUGUAUUGUCUACUGAAAUAAAUCACUGAUUUUUCACAACAUAAUUUCAUUACGUAUGACUAUUUACAUUAAAGCUAAAAUGUUAUAGCACUCUCAUAUACCUAAUAACUUUUGGUACUUAUAGGAAACAAUAUAGGUAUAGGCUUAAGAUAAUAUGUUGUGGGGGUUAAUUUCCGUGACAGUAGUAAUGUUAUGAUAGAACAUGUCAAGAUUGUCAAUCACAACAAAGAAAGUGCAACUUGGUCACGUGGUAAACUCCAGAAACUUGAGAAAUGCUCGAACAACUGGUUGAGAGCGAGAUAAGCCCACAAUAAGAAUGAGGGAGUUAUCAAUCACUCUUUGUCUCGCUCACCUUUAUCUCAAGGUUCUUGAGUUUGUGCUGCUACAUGGACAGGUGUCUGCCAGUAUACACCAACAACUGGCCCACUCUAGUGCACUUGAAAAACUUUAAUGACCACACAUUGCAUGCGUAUAACUCUUAACGCACUAGUCAGGGGAGGGCCAGUGCAGAUUUUUAUCUUAUAAAUAAUAAUCUGUACCUGCCCUCCACCGUUAAACUACUAUGUUUCUUGUCGGAAUGCAAUCAUAUAGUCUCCAAAAAAGUACAAUGUGCAGUUAUCUUCGUACACUUAAUGUAAACUUAAAUUUCGUCAUUAUAAUCAUUUCAAGCUAAUAAUCAUCUUUUUGUGUAUUGAAAU